GUUUCAUGUGGUACAUGGGGGAGGGGGAGAGGGGGAGGGGGAAGGAAGCCGGACAAGGUGAAGGAUUCUGGUCUGCGCUGCGUGUCGCUGCAUCGAACGUUCCAUUCGGGAUGUGGGGGUUCUUCUUUUGUUGUUCGUCGUGGGGUUGGGGGCGUGAUUUUGAUGAGAGGGUCCUUGGUUGCUGUGAGGGACUGCGUGGGUGGAACGAGGGAUUUUUUCUCAGGUUUUUGUUGUUUUUUUCUGUGUUCCCUGCGGAGAAUGUUACCGUGAAAUGAGGAUCCGGGGAAUGAGAGGGGUUUGGCGCUGGAUUGCGGGUUUGUGGUGGGUGCUUUUUGGAGGGUUUGGGGAGUUGAGGCUUAUAUGGCGUUUGAGGGUUGACGGGGAGCGGGAGGAUGUAUAUAUAUUGCAAACGGGAGAUUUAGAGAAUAUCGUCGAUACCAUGAACGUGGCUUGUUGUUGAGGUAUGGUGAGGGAGUUUGGAGGAAUGUGCCUCGGGUGAUUGGGAGCUGGAUAUGUUGGUCUUAUUGGUAUGUAGAUGGGUAUGCGUAGAUCAAAGUGUUGCUAUCUUUUUCUAAUAUUCAGAAAUUAUUCACUCGGAAUAUGUAAUUUUCUGUCGUCCAG